AUACCCUCAGCCUACCUCCCCCCAACUCCUCCCCACGCUCUCCACGCCUAUCUCUCUCUCUCUCUCUCUCGAUUUGUCUCGAGAUUGGCGAUGAAGAGGUUGAUCAGACGGCUGUCGAGGGUGGCCGACUCGUCGCAGUGCACGCCACCGCGGGAGGCGAAAGAGGAAGGAGGCGGCGGCGGCGGAGGGCGGCGCCGGAAGGUGCCGGAGGGGUACGUGCCGGUGUACGUGGGGGAGGAGAUGAAGCGGUUCGAGGUCCGGGCGGAGCUACUGGGCCGGCCGGCCUUCGUCGAGCUCCUCCGCCGGUCCGCUCAGGAGUACGGCUACGACCAGCGCGGCGUCCUCCGCAUCCCCUGCCCCGUCCCUCUCUUCCGCCAGGUCCUCUACUUUCUUGCCUCCGGCGCCGACGCGGGCGGCGAUCUCGCCGUCGAGGAGCUCUUCCGCUCGCUCCCCGAGGAGAUCCCGUCCGGCUCCCCUUCGUCGGGAGAAGCGCCUGUUUCCCAUUUUGCCCUUUCUAACGACCCGUGUCCGUAUAACGCAGUCUGAGGUGAAUGAGGUGGAGGGCAAUCUGGAGAUUUUAUUUUACUCUUCCUUUUUCUUUUUGCAAUGGUAGUAUGUAGGCAGGGGGAAUCUAGCGGGAUGGAGGCAGGGUUGGGCUGUGGACUUAUUAGUGUAAAAAAAAUAAUCAUAAUAAAAAAAAAGAGAUAAAAUCACCUUUUCUUUUAA